AUGGAAGCGGGCUCGUGCAGGGUCUCGGAUACUGGAAGCCACGCUGGCCUUAGCGCCUUCGUCAACACCCCCACCGACGAGGAGGAGACGCGCCAUGCACGCAUGAUCGCGGUUGGCGUGCUAGUUCCGCUUAGCUACGGCCGCCUCGGGAGAGCAUGGCGCCACGCCGAGGGUUUGAAGGACAUGGCGGCCAAGCUGGCUGCCGAUAGGAAACAAACAAAACUGCUGGACGAGUACUGGGAGAACCAUGGGGUGAGCGAGACGACAGCGCCACAACCAUUGAAGGAUACCCCACUCGAGUCACCUCUGCUCAGCAUCAAGGCUAGCCGCCCAGGAUUAGGCAAGGGGCAUGCUAGGAAUCGUUCUGCCUCGGACGGCACCGCCUUGAUACCACCAGGCCAUCGCCUGUCUCCGUUUCAUCCGGCCUGGAGCCUGACCUCGCUGCUGGACACCUUUGGGCCCUUGAUCUUUCCGAUACAGCGUGCCGCGCUGCUGCGCAAACGUAUUUUGAUUUCCUGCCAUGCCCCGGUGCACGAGGUUUGCAACUUCGCGUGCACUACCGACAGCAUCCUCGCGAUGAAGGAGGGGCUCUGGGACAUGCUCAUUACCAUGCCUCCUCCGCACUCAUCGAGUGCUAAGCAGCGCGUUUGGCCCACUGUAGAAUGUCCCAAGGGUGUUCCUGUGAAAGCUACCCAGCGUGACCUUCGGCGCUUCCGUUCCCUCACCCUCGGCCUCGCCCGGCUAGCCACCCACCCUCCCACACAACCACCACCCAACCCUCGCAGCCCCCCGUCGGAAACAAGCGAUUCCCCCGUGCCCACCACCCCCGCCAUCAGGCUCUCCAAACCCGCUGGCUCCCGCCCCGGAACAGCCGCCGAGGACCGCCCUUCCUCCCUACCCACCCUUGGCAGCGGCGACGACACCGACACCAUCGUCGAGCCCGCCACUUGGGCCGCCCUCGCCUACAACGGCUUCAUGUGGUGGGCCUCGGCAGGCGAGAAGCGCCACAGCGACGAAGUCGACGAGCAGAGCCACGACGCCUCUCUCCUCGCGGACCUCGCGCCGCCCGUCUCCCCGGCCGGGACCGCCUCUUCCCCAUCCACCCAAACACGCAGCCAGCAACCGCAACCGCAACCGCAACAAAGACGAACCAGUUUCGGCGCGGCCGCCGCGGGAAGCGACAUGGUCUCGUCGCUGGCCUCGCUCACGGCGCACAACGACGACGGAGACCGUGGCGGUGACGAUCGCGACGACGAGAUGCGGGCGCGCAUCGAGCUGGCUGCCGUCGCCUACUUCCACCGCCUGACCACGUCGCUGCUGUCGGUCCUGGCCGACAUUGUCGACUCGUCGGACGAGGAUGACCUGCUCGGGCUCAGGCUCGACCUCCGUGAGGAUGCGGAGCCGUACUCGGAUUAUGAUGGCCCGGCGGGGGCGCGGGGUGCUGGUGCUGGUGCUGGCGCUGCUGGGGAGGAGGCGGCGAGGUUGUUGGGUGGUGCGGGUGGUGGUGGUGAGGGUGGGAAUAGGAUGAUGGGAUGGGUGAGGGUGGAUAGCGAGGCGCUGGCGGAGAUGGGGCUGGAUGUGUGGAGUCAGGCGGACGCGGAUUUUGUGGGGGAGGUGUCGGCGCGGUAUUUUGCCAGGAGGGCGUAUGUCGAGACGAAGGGGGUGGAGAAAGAAAGAAAAGAAAGCCCAAUCCAGAAAAUGGCCCCCGACCCAUCACCACCCCCCAACGAACCCCCCCCAACUACUGCCCCUCCCCCGUCAUCAACAACCCUCACAACAACAGCCGCGUCCCUCGCCCCCGCCCUCGAGCUGCUCGAGCGCUUCCACCACCGCAACAAGAACCAGCACCGCCUGGCCAAGUGGUGGGCCCAGGCCGACAUGCUGCGCCGGCAGGGCCUUCACACAGUUGUCGGCGGACCGGCAGUUUGGCACACCUUGGGGCUGAUGCUACUCGGGGUGCUGGCGCAGGUGGACCAGGCUCUUACGCCUUUUGCUGCGGGGCCCGGCAACUCGUCGGACGUGCCGGAUGUGAGGGGGGAAGCAGCCUCGAGGGCGCAGUCGACUGGUCUGAGCGACAUCACGAGGGAGGAUACGGUAGACCGGGGCUUGGAUGUGGCCAUGGAUGUGGACAUGGGCGUGGCCGUUUCGAGAGAAGAGGUCAUGCUAUCCAUUGAGCAGGACACAGCCCCAUCAUCAGCGCCUUCACGGCCAGCAGGACAACCCCAUCCACGAUCCAUAUCCCUCCCAAUCAACCCAUCCAAACGAAAACUAUCCACCCAAAUCACUCUAUCAAAAACCGAACCACCCAGCAAAGAGGGCAGCACCAGCCCCGACCCAGCAAAGCCCAAACAGAGGGCAAAGAAAGCAGGCAACGACGAGUUCGACAACAUCUUCGGCUCGUCAGAGGAAGACACCGUCCCAGCAGCAACCAAAUCCCAUGUCAAGAAGAAGGCCAAGCCCAGAAAAGGCGACGAAGAAUCCAACAACACCACUAAAAACCCACCCCCAGACAAGGCGAGGCUACAACAGAAAAAGAAGAAGACUCGCGAGGACGCAGGAGGCGACGAGUUCGACGACAUUUUUGGCUCGCUUGACGACGGCAAGAGCAAGAAGCCCAAGAGGAAGAAGCGGAAGAAGGGGGAUGAGUUUGAUGAUAUUUUUGGGGGGUUGUGA